AUGAAAAAGGCUCCGGGCGAACGCGCCACCAGCGAUGUUAUUUUACCCAUGCAAGACCCCUACAUGACCCAGAUUACCGAUGGAAGGAAGAAUUAUGAGUUUAGGAAAUAUUGCCUCAAGCCUAGUGUGAAAAGAAUCUGGUUCUAUCGGACUGCUCCGCACUCUAGUAUCACCCAUGUCUGUGAAACUAAGCCCGCUCGAACUCGAAAACCUGGCGAUCGUCCUCUGGACGAAGACGGCCUGGGUAAUGCUGAAUUCAACAGCAAACACAAGGACUGGGAUGGCUACGACUUCGCGUACGAGAUGGUCACCGUCUACGAACUCAAACAGCCGAUAACUCUCAAGGAGAUGAAAGACAAACAUGGUUUCAAGUCAGCUCCAAGGGGGCUUGUUUAUCUGCCCAGGUCAAUUAGUACCAUUGUUAACUGGAAGCAACAAAAGCUGUUGAUCAACCGAAGGAAGCAAUUCUCGGAGGCUUAA